AUGGGUAGUGAGGACAAUAGUAAUAAUACUAUCGGCAAUGAUAGUAGCCUGGAUUUAAAUGUAUCCCUAGACGAGUUAGAUUUAGUUACCGCAUGGGCUGCACCAAAUCCUAACUCACUGGCACAAUAUGUAGCUAAUACAAUAGAUAAAUCUAAUUCCGAUGUAAUUGUAUUCUAUAUCGAUGCAUCAAAUACUUUCCCCUUGUACCAAUUUGAAAAAUUAGUACCAAAAGAUGAGAGGGGGGCCAAAAUUUAUGAAAGUAUAAGAAUUCAAAUUGCACUAAAUUUAAGCGAAUUAAAUUUAAUAGUGAGAAAAAUAUUACAAUUCGUUUCGAGGGAAAAAGUGGCGAGAAGUUUAAAUAAGGAUACUGAGCAGAAUGGAUUAAAAGUAUUGCUAAUACUAUCAGGAAUCGAAAUUAUGUUUAAAAAUUCAAGGAUGUCCUCGCCACAAGAACCGCAUCAUAUGAUUUUAAGAGAUUUGUUCCUAAGGUUAAGGGUAGAAGCUAAUCACUCAAACGAUCAAUUCGGUCUAACGUUGAAAACUUUUCUAAUAGUACCAUUACAAGAAUGUCAAAGGUGUCAAAUUUCUCCAGGAACCAGAAUGCCGAACAAUAAACGUCAAAGGAUGACUCCAAUGAAUGUUGGAAAUUCUGUAGGUGAUUACAUUGUUAAAUUCUAUGCAGAUACGCUAAUCAGUUGA